AUGGAGGUGGUAUCUCGGUUGCCAGAGGUAACCUUCGAGUCGGGGACAUAUCUAGGAUUUGGGUUUGAGGGAGACAACUUUAAAAAUAUUAACCCAAAAAGGUUUUUUAUAGACAAAAUCCCCAUCCGGGUAUUCAAGAACAACAGAGAUAGCAGAGUUGGAUACAUCACACAACCAAUGCAACUAAAGGCAAGCAUAUGGGAUGGAGAUAGUUGGGCGACAGACGGUGGCAAAACUAAAAUUAAUUGGACUCACGCACCAUUCCAAGCUGAGUUCCGAAGCUUUGGCAUUGAUGGAUGCCCCUCUUACCUUGGCACAGGACAUUGCUAUUCUUCCAAGCUCUGGUGGAAUAGAGAUCGAGGUUCCGAACGCCUCCCCCGGAAUGCCCACAGUGAUGGCAGCCCCAAACUUUCUUCAAGCUACAUUAAGAUAUUGUAUCAAGGCUCAACACCAUAUAUAGCUCAAUAUAUUCUUACUGGAACCUUAAUGCAUCUGCUAGAUAUUGAUGAUGACUGA